CAGAGUUGUCGGUUCAGUUCGCUGCUAGCGACUGACUUGUGUCCACUGAAUUAUUGUCAAUGCAUUUUACUUAUGACAUCCUGAUGUUCGAAUAACCUUUAUUUUUCCGAAGGUCAAGAGAAAAAUGAAGAAAUUUACUUAUUAGAAAGCUGUGCUAAGUUUUCAUUUAGGCUUACCGGAUGAUGCCAACCCGAAAUUCUACCGUCGAUCGCGUGACUGAUCGAGGAGGUCAGGGCAUGUGGAAAUAAAAUGGAAAUCGACGUAGAACGCUUAAGAUUCGUCCAGGAAAAUAUAACCGAUCGCCUAAAUCACAUUUCAAUAAAAGUCUGAUUACUGCAUAGUCUAAGCCCCAUUCGCCAGUGUUUGAAAUAAAUAACAAAACCUCGAUACACUUCAAUGGGGCAAAUAUUCACAAUAUAAUUUGACUCAGAUUAUUCAAUUUCAGGGUCAGAGGAAAAAUUAUCAAACGCGUGCGUUAUUCCUAACAUUCGAUAAAAUAAUCUCCAGUCCAAACCCAUCUUGCCGCCGCUCAGCUUCUAAACCUAGGCCAGCUAUCUUCAUUGAACGCACCAAUAACCACAAUGAGCGCCCUCGAAGAUCCAAAAGCAAAAAGCUGGACGUCAACCCUUCGAUUUUACUUGACCGCCGUGGCUGUCUUGGUGGCGUGCCUCAGUUCCUUCGCAUUCCUGUUCCUCGUGCCUUUUGUAAUCGAUCCUGCAUUUUCUACCUUGUUUGCCGAAUUUGCGGACGAACCCACAACCUGUGUCACAGAAAGUUCCGAGUACAAGGAAGGAAUGAGCAACUGCACGUGGUCGUCGUGCAGAGAAGGAUGCACUCGAGAAAUAUUCCAGUGCACACAAAUUUACGUGAAGUACACAGCGGCUGACGAGCAAGUUCCCCACACGAGCAUCCCUCUGUAUCCCAACGUGAAAGGUUGUGGAUACCCCCCAGAGGUCAACUGCACGGAAUUCAAUGAAAACUACAGCACACCCGGUACAAUUUUUCCUUGUUAUUACUCGAAGCUCAUGCCUGAUCUCGCACUCACGACUUUGGACUUGGAGAAAGUCAAGCUAGACUUGAUCUAUGCCAUAGCUAUUCCAUGGUCAUUGUUCUUGGUGUCCAUUCUGUACCUCCUUAUCACGUAUGCUGGCAUGAGUAAACCUGACCCAAAAGUGGACGAACAAGUUGAAGUGAAGGCCUCGAAAGGGACGUCUAAAGUGUCCGCGUCAAACUCUAUGAAAUCUCUCAGCAAGUCUUACCAGCACGGAGCGAGCAAAGCACGAGAAGAACCCGACGAUAAAGGGACAGGCAGAGACGCAUCACCCGACUGCCCGAAUGCGGCUGCAUCUCAAGCGAAGCCGUCCUCUCACCUACCCCCACUCACCACCAGAACUUCUACCGAUACUGACUCCACCAGGAGGAGUUCUAAGAACCCAAACGGCGACGACGAUGCACAUAGAAAUGACGACCUUCUCCUGGAGCCUUCGAGUCUACAGCAAGUUCAUUCUAGAAGGGUCUUGCCACCACUAGAGAGAGUGCCCACGUCAAAGACCUUGAGGAGUUCGGCAGGACUUCCUGAGGCUUCAUGAGAAGAAGCUGGUCAUUGGUAAACAGGUGCAUUGGGACAUCAUGAGAAAGAGCUGGUCAUUGGUUAGCAAAUAAUUAUAUGGUGUCGUGAGAAGAAGCUUGUGAUUGGUCAACAGAUGCAGUGAGAUAUUAUAAGAAGAAGCUGGUCAUUGGUCAGCAAGUACGUUUGGUGUCGAGAGAAGAUGUUGGUCAUUGGUCAACAGAUGCAGUGAGAUAUUUUGAGAAGAAGCUGGUCAUUGGUCAACAGAUGCAGUAAGACAUUAUGAGAAGAAGCUGGUCAUUGGUCAGCAAGUACGGUAGGGAUCAUGAGAAGAAGUUGGUCAUUGGCUUACAGGUGCGUCGUCUCGGUAGAAGUUUUGGAGACAAGAUCAUACACAAGGUACACUAUGACAUCACAGUCUCCCAAGUCACCACAAUCAGUGCUUGUCACCUUAUACAGAAUUUUCCACGUAGUAAUGCACGAUAGAUGUGAAAAUUUUGGGGUGAAUAAAAUGCAGUAAAAUAAUGCGAGGUUAUCAGCGGAAGUGGUGUGUAUCAGAUCGGAGAAAUUUCCUCUAAUAGUUUCGUAUCAGGAUUCAAUAUUUACAUUGAAAACAUCAACGCAAUGUCCUUCGAAUAUUGGUAAUGUUGCUAACUUUUCCUAUCUUCUUGUGUACUCAAACUCUGAUAUAUUCCAAGUGCGUCCUACAUUAACACGUGUUUUGUUCGCUAUAGGAUUCCAUCAGUGAAAUAUGGGCAGGAAAGUUUUCCAGUAAAGCCAAAUCAAUUGAAAAUCUUGAAAUGCGAGAAACAAGUUUCCAAUAACAAAUGUUCUCCCGUUCUUUGUAUCACAUUGACUGUAAUUAUCAUGGCCUGCUAUUACAUUUCAAAGCGAAAAUUUUCUGAACAGAAAAUAUCAUUUGAAGAAAUACCGACUUAUAGGCUCAAUCUAAAUUUUGCAUGUCAUCUAAUCUAUCAUGAAACAUAACAAGUCUAAUGUCAUUUGCAGCGAAAUUGCAUCAUAAACCGUACCAACAAAAACAUUUAGAAGCUCUCAAACUCGGACACACAUAUUCUCAGAAAAAAGUAUGUUCAUGAACAACUUUUAAAAUAAAGAUUAACAUUCAAUUCUCCAUUUUUUAUCGCACAAUCACGUAUUAACAUUCUUGCACAAUUUGCUUGUAUUUUUCACAUUUGUUGAUCUUGUAAUUACAUUUCUCUGCUAUCUUGUAAUGAAAUUCUAUUAUGGCUGCGCAAUCUUGUAAGAGUUUGAUAAUUUAAAAUGGGAUUAAGGUGCAACUUUUAAACGUUAAUAUGACGAAAUUAAUUGGCAAUGUUUAGAGGGAAACCUCUACCCCACUUUUUUUUAAAGCCAUCAGGCUUUUUUUCAGAAUAAGUAUAAUCAUCCUGCAUGACUUCUCGUAAUUUUUAUAUAUUAAAACUAAUUAGUGCAACGGAGUGACGCAAGGCUGUUCAAAUGGGGAUUGCAUAGAGUAAUUUAAUUGAAGGUUAAAUGGAAGAAACGUAGUUAGAAUAUGGGUAACAACUAAGAAAAUGUGUGAUUUUAAAUGGUAAUGGAUUGUUAAAAGUGUUCAAGUUUCAAAUACUAUUUGAAGUUGUCCAUCAAAUGGAAUUGUUUAAAAUAUCGAGUAAUACUAUAAAUUUAAGAUGGUAUCCUUGAUAUGUCUACUCCAAAAUAUUAACGUAUUACGGACUAGGCGUAACUUACUUCGAUGUCGUUUAAGACGUCGUUGUGGGUAAAUGUGAAAUAUUCGUUUUCUUCAGAUAAAAUACCUCUCGAAUGUCGGGCUAAAAUACCGAUAACUCAAAAGCGAAACACAUUUUUCGAAAAAAUGCAGCUCUCAACUGAUCAUAUAUUAAGACACAAGUGUAUUUAGUUUUGUAAAUUUCGCCAUUAUGCGCUAUUUUAUUAAGCAUGUUUUUCACGUAUAAGGAUCGUUUUAUAACAAUACUAAAAGAACCUGAACCAAGGAAAUGAGAAUUAUCAUCUCGUCCCAUUUAUAUUGCUGGAACCAACGAAAACCCGCCGGAUUUUAAAUACCAAACAAUUUACAAUCUAAUAAUAACAAUGAACAAGAUACUUUCCAAUUGUAUUAAUCCUUUAAAGCUUUGAAUUUAUGCCGGUCAUAUUUUCACAUUUAAAUUAUCGGUAUAUAGGUGGACAUUGAAUUAUUACGAUAAGUUUUCAUAUUUAGUAAUUAAAAGUAAUUUUUUCACUUUUUUCUUAACAAAGCAAUUAGCUAUGCAAUUGAAGUAAAUGUAUAUAAGAUUAUUCGAAAGAUUAAAUAUGAUUUUACUUAAUUUUAUUAAGCUCUUAUUAUUUGCAGAACGCGUUCCGAUAUACAUGACGGUACGCCUUCAGUGAACAUAUGUAAUUGUGGAACAAAUUUUCAUACUUCAAAUAAGCGUUAAACGUUACUAAGAAAUAUACAUUGGCGACCAAACGUUUACAGAGACUAGACCUUGAACAUUUAAUUAUUACACUUAGGUAAUCCACUCUUAUCGUCAGUCUUUGAAUAUGUCUCAUUAUAGAGCGCUUCAUACAGCCUUCGCACCCGCGUUGCUUGCUUCACUCAGACACGCACUUUUUGCCCAAGAUUCUCGCCUCUUCGAUUCAUCGCGCAAACUUUUAUUCCGCGUCCGUAAUUUCCUGCCUUAUAAUUUAAUAAAAUAUAAAUUGGCUUUCGGACUACCCACAACUUGCAGUUAUUUGUUAAUAUUAACAUUAUUGCAUAAUGUCCUUCACUAACUUGUCGUUUCAGUGUUAUAUGGCCACUUCUCAUGACCGGGAAAUUUGUUAACGGUUAACUAGAACCAAACAAGAGCGCAAAUCAAUAAUAAUAGUGUAUUUAAAAAAAGACGAUAUCUCAGUAAAUCCUUUCUAUUUCACCAAGUUUCAAAAAAUUUAAUCAUCUUUGAAUAACUUUCUUUUCUCAUUAAUUUGGCAACUAUGCUCUUUGACCCACUAAUAGUUAACUCAUGUCAGGUCGCCAUAUUCAGCAUGCAUUAUUAAUAGCAGAAGCGGGAGCGAAGCGAAAUUUUUUAGAGAUUGGCGGCUAUAUCAAUCAAAAUUUUUAUUCACUGAGCGCAAUAUAGUGCAUGAAUUUAUUGUGCCCAACGAAUGCCUUUCAUUUAGUUAAUUAGAUAAAUCCUCCCAAAACCUUUAAUACAUCAUUUAAUCCAUUUUACUUAUUCAUUUUCAUCUAACAUAUUUACGGUCAUCGUACACUUAGAUUUGAUAAAGUUUGAGGCCAUUUUAAUAAACCUAUUUCCCAUGACC